CUAGGCGCUAUAUAAAGCCCCGGCGCGUCCGCGCUGCCGUCGCCUGUGCCCGAGAGCGGGGGCCGCGUGCGGAGCCCUGGGCCGCCCCCGCGCUGCAGCCUCCGGCCGGCGCCCCCUCCCCCUCCAGCUCCCCGCGCGCCGCUCGGGCGGGCCAGCCGCAGCCAGAGCCGCUCUGGGCCGUAUAUCCCCGAGUAGGCGGGCGCGCACUUGCCCUCCGCAGACGCCCGCCCGCCGGCGGCCGGUGCCUGCCACAUCACGGCGCCCGGCCCGCAGCAUGGAGCGCCCGCGGCAGCUGCCCGUGCUGGUGGCGGCGCUGAUCAGCAGCCUGGACCUGGCCGGCGCCCUCUGCGCGGCGGGCCUCGACGCGCCAGGCCAAUGCCAGCCGCCAACAGGAAGCAAAGCUGAAUGUGUGGACAUCAGCUUGGGCUCCUGCAAUGACGUGUCUUAUUCACAAACAAUUUUCCCUAACCUGCUGGAUCAGAAGUCUCGAGAAGUGAUUGAAUAUAGCCCUGAAUACAUCCUGAUGGGAGUGGUCCAUAACUUGCUUCAGGGAGAAUGCAAUCCUGACUUGAGGCUUCUGGGCUGCUCGAUCGUGGCUCCAAAGUGCGAAGAGGGCAGAAUUGUUAAGCCUUGUCGCCAUGUCUGUGAAGCCCUAAGGAAAAAUUGCCUCCCUGCCUUUGAUGCCAUCGACAUGGCUUGGCCUUACUUCUUAGACUGUGAUCGCUUCUUUGUGAGUGACGUAGAAGGAUGCUUUGAUCCACUAGCCAAGCUCCGAGGGGAGACAGAAUUUUUGGAAGACGCCCUCCCUGAGGUACCGAUGUCCAUUCAGUUCACCCACCACUCCUACUCCCAAAUGGUGAGAGAGUUGAAGAAGACUGCGUCCAGAUGUUCCCACAUUUCCAGGUUGUACAGCAUUGGCCGCAGCUUUGAAGGAAAAGACCUCUUUGUAAUUGAGUUUUCUACCAGCCCUGGACACCAUGAGUUGCUUAAACCAGAGUUUAAAUACAUUGGAAACAUGCACGGGAAUGAAGUUGUAGGGAAAGAAUUAUUAAUCUACCUUGCUCAGUACCUGUGCACUGAAUAUCUUCUUGGAAACCCAAGGAUCCAGACUUUGAUCAACAACACACGAAUUCACUUCCUCCCGUCCAUGAAUCCAGAUGGGUAUGAACUUGCAGCAGAAGAGGGAGCUGGCUACAAUGGCUGGAUAAAUGGGAGACAAACAUCUCAGAACCUUGACCUGAACAGAAACUUCCCAGACUUGACAGCUGAAGCUUACAGACUGGCCAGGAUCAGAGGGGCACGGACGGACCACCUCCCCAUUCCAGAGUCUUACUGGUGGGGUAAGGUAGCACCUGAGACCAAAGCUGUGAUGAAGUGGUUGAAGACCAUCCCAUUCGUCCUGUCUGCGAGUCUCCAUGGGGGUGAUUUGGUGGUAUCUUACCCUUAUGAUUUUUCAAGGCAUCCCCUGGAAGAGAAAAUGUUCUCUCCUACCCCUGAUGAGAAGAUGUUCAAGCGGCUGUCCAAAACCUAUGCAGACGCACACCCUUUAAUCUCUGACAAAUCAGAAAUGCGUUGUGGUGGGAAUUUUGUGAAACGAGGAGGCAUCAUUAAUGGCGCAGAGUGGUACAGCUUUCCGGGAGGAAUGGCAGAUUUUAACUACCUUCACACAAACUGUUUUGAAAUUACCAUAGAGCUUGGGUGUGAGAAGUUUCCUAUGGAAGAUGAACUCUAUUUGCUCUGGCACCAGAACAAAGAAGCCCUAGUGAAGUUCAUGGAAAUGAUUCAUAGUGGAAUAAAAGGAAGGGUAUCUGACAAAUUUGGAAACCCAAUCAAGAACGCACGUAUUGCAGUCAAAGGAAUCCGCCAUGACAUUCUUACAGCUGCUGAUGGGGACUACUGGCGACUCCUGCCUCCAGGAACGUAUGUGGUCAGUGCGCAGGCUCGUGGCUAUAGCAAAGUCCUCAAGAGGGUAAAUUUGCCCGCCAGGAUGACCAGGGCUGGACGAGUAGACUUUGUCUUGCGCCCCUUGAAUGGUAAACCCCCCCAAAUUGCCCAUGAGCUCAUGAGAAGAGCACAAGAGCCGUAUGAUCCAUUGGAGCACUUUGAUCCUCACACGCAGCAGCAUACACAGCCGGAGCGAAGAAAAGAUGGAGAGAGGCCCUGGUGGUGGUCGUACUUCAGUUCAAUGCAUAACCACAAACCUCUGUGGCUGCUUAAAUAUCACUAAACUCUUUUAAGAUGCACCCUUUAUCUCCCAAAACCUAGCAGUCAAUACUACCUUGGUUGUUAAUGGAAGCAUCUGAACCUAAUUCAUCUGUGAGUAUGUCGUCUCACAGUUUUUCUCAUUUUCUGUACUUAUCCGCACAUGUAAAUGAUGCCUAUUAAAAUUAGCUUGUUCUUAAAGCUG